UUGCGGGCGUGUCGUAGUUAGGUUCAUUUCGCUUGUGUUUAUUUUUAUUUAAUAUAUAUUUAAACUGAAUGUGGACUGCUAUUUAUGUGUAAAAAUGAAUAGAAUUUAUUUGUUUUUAUGUUUAAUAAGCGCAUUGUGUUUAAUUGUAAUUCAUGCACAACAUCACUACGAUGAACAUAAAACCAGCAACAUGAUUUGGUGCACAAAAAGUGAGGAGGAGCAGUACAAAUGUCUAAACUUGACUGCGGCCAUCGAACGGGACCGAGCGCUCUUUGACGAUGCCUUCAUGAAUCUCACCUGCUUUAUGGCAUACAGCGCAGAUGAAUGCAUCCAUCAUCUGGACCGCGAGAAGGCGCAUAUCACAACGCUGGACGCCGGAGAUGUUUUUACCGCUGGUCGUUACAACUCCCUGAUCCCAAUAAUGCAGGAGAAAUUGGAGGGCGGAUUCUUGAACUAUCAUUCAGUGGCUGUUAUCAAGAAGAAUACACUCCCCGAUGUUACCGAGUUGCGACACCUGCGUCAAAAGAGAGUUUGCUUUCCCUGGGUGGGAAGUCUGGCAGGUUGGAUUGUACCCAUAUACACGCUGCAACACUUUGGCGAUAUGGAGGUUGUGGAUUGCAAUAACCAGGUGAAAACGGCUGCCAACUAUUUUAACAGCUCCUGCGCUGUGCACUCGCUGAUUGACAAGUACAAUCCCAUCGGAGACAAUUCUGACAAACUUUGUGCAUUAUGUACGGGCAAAAUACCUGGACGCUGCUCGGCGUCUGAUCCAUAUUUUGGAUACGAUGGUGCAUUUAGGUGCCUCCUCGAGGCGGGAGAUGUUGCUUUCUUGCGGCACUCGACUGUUUCAGAAAUGCUGCAAACUAUAGAGUUUAAAAAAUUGUCGCCGGAUACCUUUGAAUUGCUUUGCCGGGAUGGUAGCCGUGUGCCCAUCUCUGACUAUCGCCAAUGUAGCUGGGGACAAGUUCCUUCGGAUGCAAUUGUUACUUCCUCAGCUCGUAGUUUUCGGGAUCGUUUCCGAUACCAACAGUUUUUGAAACGCAUUGCUGAGUUGUAUUCAGACGCACUCCGUGAGGAAUCAAAAGGCAAUCAGCCACAGACUGGCGUUGGCUUUAACACAUACGAUCGCAACAACUUCAAUGACCAAGGUCGUAGCAACCCAUACGACAAUUUCAACAGUCAAUACGACAAUAUCAACACCUACAAUAGAAAUCAGAACCAAAAUCAAAAUCCCUUUGACCGAUUUGAUGGCACAAAUUAUCGCAAUGACCGACUGGACAGCAGUUUUACCACUGAACGCAAUUCAUUUGAUGGCAACACAUCUGUACCUUAUGAAAAAUUCCGUAUUUUUGAAUCGAGCAGAUAUGGAAAAUCUAAUCUGCUUUUCCAGGAUGCAGCCAGAGAUCUCAUUUCCAUAUCGGAAGACGAUCAGUCCUUUACUAAAUAUUUGCAGAAAUCUAUUGAAUAUAUAUACGGCAUCCGGGAAUGUCCCGUUCCAGCAAUGACGAUGUGUGUGACCUCUGAGCCGGAGCUGGAAAAAUGCAUCAAAAUGAGAACGGCGCUCAAAGCACAAAUUUUAAAACCAGAACUUAUUUGCAAAAAAAUGCACUCGCAUAUAAACUGUAUGCAACUUAUACAGUCAGGCAAAGCUGAUGUGUCUGUCUUUGAUGCCGGCGAUGUAUAUACGGGUGGAUUGAAUUAUGAUUUGAUUCCAUUCAUGUCUGAGGUCUACAAUUUGGGUGAGCCGGAAUACUAUGUUGUAGCUGUAGCCAAAGAAGAAGAUCCCGACACCGAGCUAACGUAUCUGAAGGGGAAGAACACAUGUCAUACUGGCAUUAAUAUGGCCGCAGGCUGGACAUAUCCAAUGGCAUUCCUAAUAUCGAAUGGUUGGAUACGACCUUAUGGAUGUGACUCGAUACGUGCCGCAGCAGAAUACUUUACCAAAUCAUGCGUCCCCGGCGCAAUCAGUAGCGAAUAUAAUACUGGCGUACCGUACGACAGCAUGUGUGACCUUUGCCAUGGAACCAGCUACAGAUACUGCCGCCGCGAUGCUUCGGAGGACUACUAUGGUCAUACGGGUGCGUUCCGCUGCCUUGUUGAGGGCGGUGGCCAUGUGGCUUUUAUGAAGCACACCACUGUAAUGGAGAGCACGGGUGGCAAACGCAAGGAGUGGUGGGCACGGAAUGCUUUAAACGAUGAUUUUGAACUGUUGUGCACGGACGGCACACGCGCCGAGCUGCAAGAUUAUAAACGCUGCAAUUUGGGCAAAGUUAGAGCUAAUGCUGUAGUCACGCGUGGCGGGGUCAACUACAAUGAGACACAAUUGCACGCAUAUAUCAACCUGCUAACCUAUGCCCAACAGCUGUACGGCCGGAAGGAUGUGGAUGCCUUCAGUUUUAGCAUGUUCUCAUCGCCAUUUGGGCACUAUGAUUUAAUCUUCCAAGACGCCACGCGCCAAUUGCAAGUUAUUCCGGAGAAUGAACGACGCUACGAUACAUACUUGGGCAGCAAUUAUAUGCGUGCACGUCGCAUUACGGAUUGUUAUGCCGGCGCCACUCAUAUUACGUUUUCCAUAUUCGCGCUCCUAGCAAACGCAUUUGCUCUGAGAAUAUUACUCUGAUUACAAGAGCCUUAAUUCUCAAUUUCUCUUCACAUUCCAAAUAGGGUAAAACAUUACUCAGAAUGACUAGUAACAUUUCGAACGCCCAAUUCGAAUCUCACACAAAUGACAAACAUACAUAUCUAUGCGUAUAUAUAUAGUUCGCAGCAUAAGUUGUUUCAACUACAUUUUUUUUUAAAUUCUAUUCUGUUCGCAGUUUUUGAGCUGACUCAAGUGCCUUAAUGUUUUCUUAAUCACUUUGAUAUUUCGAACGAAUUAUCCAUUGUUUAUUACAGUUUAAUCGUCUUUAAAGUGUCUGAUGCGAAUUAUACUAUACACGAAAUGUACAAUAAUUUAAUUUUAAGUCAUAAAGAUCAACAUUACGAAUAAGAGUA